AUGGCAACCUCAGAAAACACACAAACACACAAACAUGGCAACCUCACCAAACAUCACAACCUCAGCAAACACCGCAACUUCACCAAACACCGCAACCUCACUAAACACCGCAACCUCACCAAACACUGCAACCUCAGCAAACACGACAACCUCAGCAAACACCGCAACACUGCCAAACACAGCAACCUCAGCAAACACCGCAACCUCCUCAAACACGACAACCUCAGCAAACACCACAACCUCCUCAAACACCGCAACCUCACCAAACACUGCAACACUGCCCAACACAGCAACCUCAGCAAACACUGCAACUUCACCAAACACUGCAACCUCACCAAACACUGCAACAAUGCGAAAUACAGCGACUUCAGCAAACAUGGCAACCUCAGCAAACACCACAACCUCAGCAAACACGGCAACCUCACCAAACACCACAACCUCACCAAACACUGCAACCACACAAAACACUGCAACCUCACCAAACAAGGCAACCACACCAAACACCGCAACAAUGCCAAAUACAGCAACCUCAGCCAACACUGCAACUUUACCAAACACUGCAACUUCAGCAAACACAGCAACCUCAGCAAACACAGCAACUUUACCAAACACUGCAACUUCAGCAAACACAGCAACCUCAGCAAACACAGCAACUUUACCAAACACUGCAACUUCAGCAAACACAGCAACCUCAGCAAACACGACAACCUCAGCAAACACAGCAACUUUACCAAACACUGCAACUUCAGCAAACACUGCAACUUCAGCAAACACAGCAACCUCAGCAAACACAGCAACCUCAGCAAACACGACAACCUCAGCAAACACGACAACCACACCAAACACCGCAACAAUGCCAAACACAGCAACUUCAGCAAACACAGCAACCUCAGCAAACACAGCAACCUCAGCAAACACGACAACCUCAGCAAACACAGCAACUUUACCAAACACUGCAACUUCAGCAAACACUGCAACUUCAGCAAACACAGCAACCUCAGCAAACACAGCAACCUCAGCAAACACGACAACCUCAGCAAACACGACAACCUCAGCAAACACUGCAACUUUACCAAACACUGCAACUUCAGCAAACACAGCAACCUCAGCAAACACAGCAACCUCAGCAAACACGACAACCUCAGCAAACAUAGCAACCUCAGCAAACAUAGCAACCUCAGCAAACACUGCACCUUCUCCAAACACAGCAACCUCAGCAAACAUAGCAACCUCAGCAAACACAGCAACUUCUCUAAACACAGCAACUUCAGCAAACACAACAACCUCAGCAAACACAGCAACCUCAGCAAACACCGCAAACACCGCAACUUCAACAAACACUGCAACCUCACUAAAAACUGCAACCUCACUAAACACUGCAACUUUACGAAACACUGCAACACUGCCAAAUACAGCAAACACGACAACCUCACCAAACAUAGCAACCUCAGAAAACACCGCAACUUCACCAAACACCGCAACUUUACCAAACACAGCAACCUCACCAAACACAGCAACUUUACCAAACACCACAACCUCACCAAACAUGGUAACCUCACCAAACACUGCGACCUCACCAAACACUGCAACCUCAGCAAACAUCGCAACCUUAGCAAACACUGCAACCUUAGCAAACACCGCAACCUCACCAAACACGACAACCUCAGCAAACACAGCAACCUCACCAAACACGGCAACUUCACCAAACACUGCAACCUCAGCAAACACGGCAACACUGCCAAACAUUGCAACUUUACCAAACACUGCAACACUGCCAAAUACAGCAACCUCAGCAAACACAGCAACCUCACCAAACACAGCAACCUCAGCAAACACUGCAACACUGCCAAACACCGCAACUUUACCAAACACAGCAACUUUACCAAACACUGCAACAUUGCCAGAUACAGCAACUUCAGCAAACACUGCAACCUCAUCAUACACUGCAACAUUACUAAACACCGCAACUUUACCAAACACUGCAACUUUACCAAACACAGCAACCUCACCAAACACAGCAACCUCACCAAACACAGCAACCUCAGCAAACACUGCAACAGUGUCAAACUCCGCAACUUUACCAAACACUGCAACUUUACCAAACACUGCAACACUGCCAAAUACAGCAACUUUACCAAACACUGCAUUACUGCCAAAUACAACAACUUUAGCAAACACAGCAACCUCACCAAACACGGCAACCUCAGCAAACACCGCAACCUCAUCAAACACGGCAACAUUACUAAACACCGCAACUUUACCAAACACCGCAACUUUAACAAACACCGCAACUUUAACAAACACCGCAACUUUACCAAACACCGCAACUUUACCAAACACCGCAACUUUACCAAACACAGCUUCACAAAACUCUUCAGCUGCUGCAGUCUUCAUCCUGGUCUUCAGCCUCAAAGAAACAUUCGAUCCAGUUCUUGCUGA